AUGUCAUUAAUCUAUUAAGCCUAAUAGACUAUAUAGCAAUAUUAAUAUUGCUAAUUGCAAAACAGAAUUAUGAAUGAUGGAACAAUUUCUGACAUUAUUCAAGUAUCAACUUAUGAUUAAUAAAACGUUUAAGACUAAUUUUAUUUAAAGUGUGAUUAAAACUUAAUUGUCGUUUACUAUCCUAUGCUUUAAGUUUUUGAUUUGAGAACAGGCUAGCCUAUUGCAGAGUUUCUUAAUUUGCUUAUACAUACAUCCCCAUAUUAAGAACUAUCUACUUAAAAAUUGAUAAAUAUAAUUACCCUAAAAGAUUUUUAAAAUACUGUGAAUUGUUGA